AUGGAAAGAACGGAAAGUUUCCAUGGCCAUCCUCUCGGCGCAGUCGGCUGGGUCGCUCGUGCCCUACAAGUGUUCAGCUCGAUUAUCGUCCUGGGCAUCACAGCCUGGGCUGUUACAGAAACAAAGACGGUCACCGUCAUAUAUACUCUAGUCAUUUCGGUCUUAAGCUUACUCGCUGCCGCUUGCUCGGGUCUCAUAAGCUGCGUGGCCAGAAAACGCAGAUGGCAUGUCUUGAUACUAAUGGUGGCUGACGGCGCGCUUUCAUAUCUAUGGCUCACUUCAUUCAUCUUUUUGGCGCUUGAUUUCAAUCGGGUCAGCUGCCAUAUUAAUCGCUGGCAUGGAGAAACGGUUUGCAGUCGGCAAUACACUGCCGAGGCAUUCAGUUUCACUGCAUUUUUCACGACGUUUUUGGGCUUGGUUCUUGAGAUUCUUUUUGUCUACUAUGCAAGGCCGAGAACCGUGCUUUCCAAGGAGCAAACUGAGCAGCAUCUGGCUCAGAAUUUGAACGAGGCCGGUCUGAUGUGA